CUCGGGUAUGCCAUGUCGAUGGUCAACGGCCACCCGCUCGACCCACUGCGAUCAACGGAUCGUGUGAGCAAGCCGCUGGUCGGCACGAGAGAUAUGAACGACGGACUUUUCCGCUUCGGUGUUGGUUUUGGACACUCGGUCAAAGUUAUGAGUGAGUCACUUUCGAAAUUGACUCGGAGCCACGUCCCAGAUACAACACUAUGAAUGUUGCUGCGUUUGUUUCGGCUCCAAGAAGUGGCCUUGCCAAGAAGCGCGGUCGGACCAAAACGUAUUCGCUUAAGAUGCUCCGCCAGUACAUCCCACAGGAGCUGCCGCUGCUGGUUCAUAUGUCGUCCGCAUCCAUGGAGUCGGAUUUCGUCGUAUACAACUGCACCCUGUCCAGCUUAACUACUAAGAACUCCUGGAGCGUGUCGUACCGAUACUCAGAGUUCGCCGACUUCCGGACCAAGCUGGAAGAGCUUUGGACGUGUCACGACCCCAAAUGUUCCGGAUCGUGUCAAGCUGUGCGUGAAUACGUUUCGACGUGCUUCCCCAAGAAGCGCCUUGCCAUCAUGUCCACCAAUCCGAACACCAUUUCCAGUCGCAAGAGCAAGUUUGAGAACGUGCUGAUGCACCUACUUCGGUGUGUUCUACUUCCUGGUAGCGCAAUGAAGUGUUUCCAUGCACGUCAGAACCUGCCGGUGAACUUGUUCCAGUUCUUAGGAGUGGAGAACGACGUGGACAGACGUUCACUACUUCAGAUCUUCAUCGACAAUUACCAGGACGUAAUAAAGGAAGGCAACGAGGCCAGUCUGACGGAUAGCUUCCACUCGAACGCAUCGACCGUUGACUCGGCGCCAGACUCAGCACUGUGCAUGAUCUGCCUGUGCGAUGUAGACUUGGAGCACGAUCACCAGCAAUGUAGUUCGCAAUGUACUGACGUCGACAACUUGCCGAUCAUGCUUCCCUGCAAGCACGCGUUCCACCGUGAAUGCGUCUUUGAGUGGCUGAUGUUCGAGUUCCACUGCCCUGUAUGUCGAGUUCGAGUGUGCCCCAACGCUGUGAAGAACUACUGUCGACCUAAGGAUCAUGUGCAGUGGUGGCUCGGCGAUUUUGAGGAGGACCUGUUCCAUCCUACGGCUGAGUAAGUGGAGCGAAACUAGGAUACUGUUUUGAAUCAAUAUAUAAUUUAAUGACGUCAGCAGUAAUUUAGCCAUCGCCUCACGAAGUGAAC